AUCCACGCAGGUUCAAGUCUUCGUGUAAUUUUAUUGGUUUUGGUUUAAAUUCGAAUCGAACGUUUAAAUGCUCCUCAAUGCAAUAGCUUUAGAUCAUCAUUUUCAUUUUGAUUUUGAAUACAUCACAGCAAAUGUAACAAAUUAUUUAUCGUCAGGAAGAUUAUUUCCAAAAAGUUCCUAAUUACAUAGUGGACCUCACAAGAUUGAAAAUGGCAAGCAGCUUUCACGGCAUUUCGUUCUUCUUUGUGUUCGUCACGUUUCUGGCAACAUCGACGACAGCAUUCAACAAUUUACCAGCCGAAGACGAGAACCUGUCCUCCGGCACCAACAUAACGAAAACUGCCACCAUCUUCCAAAAUAAAAUGAAAACAAUGGGAAAUGGAAGUGAAACAAACGUUUCUCAAGUGCCAGAGAAGUUGACUGCUAGAGCGAGAGAUGGUCGCAGUGUCUGGACAAGCGCCGAAGACACCACAGAAGCAGUAACAACGAAGACCUCCGAUGCAGAUGAGCUGCCGGAGGAGCUCCCAACACCUGCUGCUUUAGCCAUCCCCGUCCCGUCUUUUCUUGCCAAUCUUUUCUCUGGAGUAACGAACCGCGAGUCACGACCAAGCCGGGUUCGUCACCGGGAAAAUUAUAGAUCUAAUCUUCAACCAGACCAGAUUAGCAGGUACGAUGGGCAAAGGAUUCAACAAGUUGUUCCGUAUCCCACAAGGACGCUUCCUAGAAAAGUCUACCGACAGAGGCAGGUUUCUGGGUCACUACCCGACGACUACCAAGACUAUGACCCUGUCUUCCAAAGGCAGAUACCAACUAGGAGGGCUUCCUUUGGCCAUAAUAGGGCGUAUCACAGAGGACAAAUGCAGGACUAUGAUUCUAACAAUGGACGGAAUGAAGUCGCCAUCAACGAUAAAUACGAUUUCGUCACGGAUGCUUCAAACUUGCCCAAAGUUGAGCUGCCAUCAAAAAACCGCAUUUUGGAUUCUGCUACUUUUAGCGUUCCUUUGUCCUCCCAAGUAGAAGAUCAGAACGCUUACUCUCUAAUGGAUAAGGCCCGAGGAACGGGUUUUGGAUCUGCAGUAAACUAUGGUGAUAGUAGGUUUGAUAUUUUGGAUCAUAAAUCUCACAUACAUUCGCGCAAAGAUAUCAGCUUCGAUUAUGAUGACAGCCAAAAUACGUACGAAGAAUAUGAUUACGACAGCCUUCCUAAACAAAAUUUUUAUCAAUCUUUCGAGACUCCAAAGUUUAAUGUCCAAGAAGACGGGAGUGGAGUUCUGAGUGGCUUAUUUAGCUCAGUUCAGUCGUUGAACCCUUUGAACUAUUUUGGUUCUUCUAAAGUGGCUGUAGGGCCUCCAGCCACGCGAUCUGGCCGGCGUAGAGGACAUCAGCUUCAUGGACCGCAACGAGCUCCUCAGUUGAGUGUAAGGCCUCUGUCUCAUGAAGCUGUAACGGAGAACGCAGCGUUCACAGAAUACAUCGACUUCAGUGAACUUGAGCCCUUCUACAGUACCGAAAAUCGGAGGUCAGAUGAACGCAGGAAUCGAGUCAGAGCAGAGCUACCUCCAGGGGUAAGGCACCUGGAGCCGCUGUCUAAAAAAAUACAGACACGUCGGAAACCUCAUUACACAUUCAGGAAUAAGCAAAUUCCAAAUGAAGCGGAAGGCCGCCGCGUCUACGCUAUCAGUAACGAAGAAGUGAUCUUUAACGACGCUCCUCAUUAUCGAGGCGUGACUCCUGAACAGAAGGAACAUCUUGCCAACGAUUUCAUCGUGAAUAUUCCUUCGAAUGAGGUUCAGUUCGAGGACGAUCCGGUAGAAGAAGACCCCAGGCUGGAGGCAUCCAAAUUCAAGGAAGAUUUCCCUCUUCGGGAAGAUCUGUACGUAGGUAAGGACGGUAAUAUUUAUUUGAAAAAUCCGAGCACUAAAAGCAAAAAAGCAACGGCCACUGAUUCUGACGAUUUUCUGGGGCUGCACAUGUACGGUAUGGACCAGCCACUGUACCAAGAAGUGCCCAAGCCUCAGACAAGAUUCGUAAGUUACACUUCAAAUGAGGCACGAAAAGGAAAGCAAGGCUUUGACAAGCGUAGACCACAUCCGGCAGCUCAAUCUCCGGUGCAGCCGUCGACAACCUCAAAUAACGGGCGAAUGGAUUCCGCUGAUCUUUCGUCAGACGAUGAAAUUCCAAAACUGGGAGGCCGGUCACCGCACGUGGACGCGGCAGAGGCGCCCUCCGCAGCUUCCCCGAACUUCGGUCGUCCGCUGGAGGCAACGCGUCGCAAGCCAUCGCCUCGGUUCCCAGCUUCCGGCCAGAAAACUCCCUAUGUUUCGGAUUUCGCAAAAACUUUACUGAAAGUCCAAAAGACGAAAGCAAGAUCAAGUGAAGUACAGCAAGAACGAUCCAGAACAUUUCGGCGCAUGAAGGAUUGAAAAAUAAGAUGUAACUCUAAGAUGAUCAAUUAAAAAUUCAUUGAAAGGAGGCAUUUCUCGUAAAGAGCCGCUAGCUGAAUCUAUGAUAGUCGAUAAAGAGUGAUCGGUUUUCAAGACAUGGCAUUCGGACCGAUUACAUAUCGCGCUAAAAAUUAAUUAAAUUGAAUAAUGAAUAAUAGAGCCUCUGGACGUAUCAACUAUCAACGCCUUUCUUUCGUCGCCGGCUCAAUGAUUUAGGAGGUAUUGGAUAUCAAAAUAUAGAGGCAUGCUCAAGAAACAACUUGCUAGUUAAACAUUAUUAGCACGCUGGUGUCGAGAGAAUGUACAUGCACUUUAUGGUUCAGUUAUUGUUAUUUAGUGGGAAGAAAGGGAACGACUGCAGCAAGUCGUUCAAUUAUUGUUCAUGAAUAUUAUCGAUUUAUUUAUUGUUAUCAAUUUGGUUUAGUUAGUUCACCUUCGCUGUACGUUUUAUUUGAGGCAUUAAAAUAAAGAAUCUUUAUGAUAUCCAUAAGAAGUUGACUUUAGAAUGUAACAAUUGUUAAUUAAAUAAGGAACUUAUAGAUAUAUACCAUAUAUACAUACGGUAAUAACAAUCGACGAGGAAUGCCGAGACCGAAUUUUGCUAUAAUUACCCUGGCGUUUUCCGUGCUGAUUAUUACAGCAAUAAACCUUGUAAUGUAAGAGUCGGAUAAGCUACAAUUGUCACUCCGACAAUUAAAAUCUAUUUUCAAAUGUGAAUAAAUCUACAAUUAAUUUAGUAUUGUAUGGAAAACUUCUGAAUAGAUGGGCUGAAUAAGCAACUAUCCCCAGGAUUUCUGUGUGGAAACAAGUGCGAGUUAAACAGGUUAGAACAAGUUUUUAACAAGUCAAGAAAUCGCACGCUACAUGUUUAUGAUAUUUAUUAAACGAUUUUUUCUGUCUGACACAACAUGAAAUUAAAAUUGACUUUUAUAUGUAAACGAUAACACUAAUUUAAA